AUGAACCAGGAGGACUGGAAUGCAGAAAUGGGGGACGAGGAGUCAUCAGUUCUUCCUGCCCUUGAGCAGGCUAGGUUCCCUGGAAGACCAAAUGGCCCUUCGUCUGACUUCACUUCAAGUAUAGGCUCAUUUGGUGCUGUUGAAAGACAUAGGCAGGAUCACUUUGGAGGGUAUUCCAGGAGUAGAGGUUUCAAAGAAGGGGAUGCUAUAGAAGAUUCUACACAAAAUAGAGGUUUUAGAGGAUUUCCUAGUGGCUUUGGACAAAAAGAGAGUAUUAAAGUUGAGCAAAGAGACAGACCACAGUCUGGCAUUCUUCUUGACUCUCGAGGAAGACGACCAUUUGGAGAUCGUACAGCAGCUUACAAAGAACGCAGUGAAGAAAUAGAUUCUGAAAGAGGUCCAAAGGUGACUUACGUGCCCCCUCCUCCACCUGAUGAUGAGCAAUCCAUCUUUGCACAUUAUCAGACAGGAAUUAAUUUUGACAAGUAUGAUGAAAAUGUUGUUCAAGUGUCAGGACUUGACCCUCCAGCACCAUUACAGGAUUUUGAAACAGCUAACCUCUGCCAGACUUUAAACGUGAACAUUGCUAAAGCUGGAUACUCUAAACUUACUCCAGUGCAGAAGUAUAGCAUGCCUAUUAUACUGGCAGGGCGGGAUUUAAUGGCGUGUGCCCAGACAGGAUCGGGAAAAACUGCAGCUUUUCUUCUACCAAUUGUGGCCCAUAUGAUGAGGAGUGGUGUAACUGCCAGCAGCUUUAAAGAGCAGCAAGAGCCAGAAUGUCUCAUUAUUGCCCCAACUAGAGAACUCGUAAAUCAAAUCUUCCUAGAAGCAAGAAAAUUUGUGUAUGGAACUUGUAUAAGGCCUGUUGUGAUCUAUGGAGGUACACAAACAGGCCAUUCAAUUCGUCAGAUAAUGCAAGGCUGCAAUAUACUAUGUGCCACUCCAGGAAGACUUCUGGACGUCAUUAGAAGAGAGAAGAUCGGUUUGUGUAACGUGCAGUACUUGGUGCUAGAUGAAGCGGACCGCAUGCUUGAUAUGGGUUUCGGGAUGGAUAUGAAGAAUCUGAUUUCUUUCCCAAACAUGCCACCAAAAAACAAACGUCAAACACUCAUGUUUAGUGCCACUUUUCCUGAGGAAGUUCAGAGGCUGGCUGGCGAAUUUUUGAAACCUGAUUAUUUAUUUGUUGUUGUUGGACGUGUGGGUGGAGCUUGCAGUGAUGUUCAGCAAAGUGUUCUUCAAGUUUCUCAGUAUUCCAGGAGGGAUAAACUGGUAGAAAUUCUACAAAGCAUAGGUCACGAGCGAACCAUGGUGUUUGUGGACAAAAAGAAAAAAGCUGACUACAUCGCAGCCUUUCUUUGUCAAGAAAACAUACCAGCCACUAGCAUCCACGGAGAUAGAGAACAGAAAGAGAGAGAAAUAGCUCUUCAUGAUUUUCGUUCAGGAAAAUGUCCAGUUCUUGUGGCAACUUCAGUGGCAGCAAGAGGUCUGGAUAUUGAAAACGUUAAACAUGUUAUUAAUUUUGAUCUUCCAUCCACCAUUGAAGAUUAUGUACAUCGAAUUGGACGAACUGGUCGUUGUGGCAAUACAGGAAAAGCAGUUUCCUUCUUUGAUGACAGUUCAGAUGGUCACCUUGCUCAGUCUCUAGUUAAAGUGCUUUCAGAUGCCCAGCAAGAAGUUCCUGUUUGGUUGGAAGAAAUUGCUUUUGGUUUUCAAGGAGAAAGAGCAUUUACAUCAUUUAGUACCCAAAAGAAUUACAGAGGCAGAGGCGGCAUGAAUGCAGGAAGAAUGAAGAUGCCAUAUUCUGCAAGUGAAUCUGAGUCAUGGGAUUAA